AUGAUGGUACCGGAAAUUGAUGUCAAUGAAGGAAUGGACAAACCUUUUGAACAAGUGUCCAAACCUUGGAGAUUUCCUGCACCAACAUCCUAUGCUUUGACAAAUGCAACUGUCAUCGAUACCUUGAAAGGAGUUUCAAUUAAGGGAUACACUGUUUUGACGCAAAAUGGGUUUAUUGAGAACGUUGUUCCUAAUGGUGGCUUUGAUUCUACCAAGUACAAAGUUGUUGAUUGUACUGGUAAGUUCUUAAGCCCGGGAUUGUUUGACUUCCAUGUCCACAUGAUUGCAGUUCAGGGUGAAACUGGAUUGCGUGAUACACUUAGAUUACCUCAGAAUGUGAUGUUAAUGAGAGUGGGUGCACAUAGUAGAGCUAUGAUCGAAAGAGGUUUCACCACCAUUAGAGAUUGUGGUGGAAUGGAGCAUUACAUUGCUGACGCAAUCAAUGAUAACAUCAUUAUUGGCCCUCGUGCAUUUUUCUGUGGUAAGGCUAUCAGCCAGACCGGUGGACAUGCAGAUUUGAGAGAUAACAACCUCCCUGGUCAAGCAUUUGACAGUUGUGAAUGUCAUCUCAGUAAUCUUGGUGUUGUCGCUGAUGGACCAGAUGCUUGUAUAAAAGCUGCGAGAGAAAACUUCCGGAGAGGUGCAUCAUUUAUCAAGAUCAUGAGCGGUGGUGGUGUUGCCUCACCUGCUGAUCAGAUUGAACAUGUUCAAUAUAGUGAUGCUGAAAUAAAAGCUAUCGUUGAAGUUGCUGAGAACUAUAAUUCCUUUGUGACAGCCCAUGCUUACACGCCAAGAUCCAUUAAGAAGUGUGUAGCAAAUGGUGUAAAAGGUUUUGAACACGGCAACCUGAUUGAUGCAGAAUGUGCCCAACUUUUAGUCAAAAACGAUUGUUAUGUUUGUCCUACAUUGGUUACCUACAAAGCCCUUGCAUCUGAUCAAUUUAGUGCUUUUUUACCACCAUCUUCCAAAGCAAAGAACGCUAUUGUCUUGAAAAAAGGUAUGGAAGCUUUAGUUAUCACCAAAAAAUACGGUGUCAAAAUUUGUUUUGGCUCUGACCUAUUGGGUAACCUAACUGCUUAUCAAAGUAACGAGUUUGCAAUCAGAGCAAAAGUUUUGAAUCCGGUGGAGAUUUUACAAUCCGCAACCAUCACACCUGCUAGUAUCAUGAAAGCUGGUGACGUGAUUGGCCAGCUUGCAAAGGGAUUUUAUGCCGAUAUUUUGGUACUGGAUUCUAAUCCAUUAGAAGACAUUACUGUUUUGGAUAAACCAGAAAAGCAUUUGCUGUCUGUCUUUAAAAAUGGAUUGGUAUAUCACACAAAAUGGGCCGAAAUCAAGUCGGAUGUUCCUAGUACAAUUGCCUGCUGA